AGUUUCCUUCCCGCCGAUUCAUCCUCCUCUUCUCGUCAACAUGAGGGUUCUUGUCCUGACCGCCGUGCUUUUGGGCAUCGCCAUCGCGGACAAACUUCCUUCCUACAAUUACGGUGUACCCAGCGAAGGAUCUGGAGCUUCCAACGGAGCUUCAGGGAACGGAUUCGGAACCUCGGGUAACGGAUUCGGAGCCUCGGGUAACGGGUUCGGAGCCUCAGGUAACGGGUUCGGAGCCUCGGGUAACGGGUUCGGAGCCUCGGGUAACGGGUUCGGAGGAUCAAGCAACGGCUAUGGCUACGGACAGGACGACGAAGUAGCGGCUCUGUCCGAGAGCAUUCCCGGGGGCGGCGUCCCCGGCGAGGACUACCCCAUCUUGGCUUCCGUGCCCGACACAAGCUUCUCGUGCGAUGCCCAGGCGGUGCCAGGUUAUUACGCCGACACUGCAGCUGAAGCCGGCUGCCAGGUGUUCCAUAUCUGCCAGGACCGCGCCCUCAGGCGCCAACAGGACUCGUUCCUGUGCCCCAACGGUACCAUCUUCAACCAGCAGUACCUGGUAUGUGACUGGUGGUUCAACGUGGACUGUUCUCAAGCUGAGAGCUUCUACUCCGUCAACGAACUCAUCGGAGUCGUUCCCGACGCCGGAUACGCCUAUGGCGCUGCCGCUAAUGGCAACGGCAACGGUCUUAAUGGCAGGAAGGAAUGGAAACGGAGCCAAUGGCAACGGAGUCAACGGUAAGGGAAGCAACGGUAAUGGAAGCAACGGUUAUGGCUCUAAUGGUAAUGGAAUCAACGGCAACGGUAGCGGUAGUGGCUCCAACGGUAACGGCGUUAAUGGCAACGGAAGCAACGGCAAUGGAAACGGCUCCCCCGUUGCUCCUUCCACCUCCUACGGCGCCCCCUUCUGAUCGGUCCGGCAGAUUCAGCCCUCCCUUUGCACCGAAUACCGUAUCUCCAAAUAGAAAAGUAUUUAUGUAUAUUUUACAAUAAAUGUGUAGUUCUUUA